CUAUAUUGAAACAUAUAUGUUUAUAUAGGUUUUUUCCAUGUGGGCAGGGCUAACAAGAUAUGCCAUAUCCCGAAUUGAUGACAUACAAUCAUGCUUCAACUUGUUUGUGACGGAGCCAAUCGAAAACAUAGUCAUAUCCAUGACUAAUUUAGAGGGGAGAAGAGUCUUCAAAGACAAGUGGAAGACAGUUGAUUCAACAGACAUCCAGGCAUAUAUGGGUCUCUUGAUUUUGGCUGGGGUCUACAGAUCCCGAAAUGAAUCCACCGACAGUUUAUGGGAUGCAGACACAGGUCGGGCAAUUUUCCGCGCCACAAUGUCACAACAGACAUUUCACGUGUUGUCACGGGUAAUUCGAUUUGACAAUAGAGAGACAAGACAUCAACGCCAUCAAAAUGACAAGCUUGCUCCAAUUCGAGAGCUCUGGGACAAGUGGGUGGAGAGGCUGCCACUCAUCUACAACCCAGGUCCAGCAGUUACAGUGGAUGAGCGCUUAGUUGCUUUCAGAGGGAGGUGCAGAUUCAAACAAUAUAUCCCCAACAAACCUGCCAAAUACGGGAUAAAGCUUUGGACAGCAUGUGACUCCAAAAGCAGCUAUGCAUGGAAUAUGCAGGUCUAUACAGGAAAAUCGUCAAGUGGUGUUCCAGAAAAAAACCAGGGCCAGAGAGUUGUCCUUGAAAUGACAGAAGGUCUGCAAGGACAUACAGUGGUAUGUGAUAAUUUUUACACUUCCUAUAAUCUUGGCAAAGAGCUACUGCGAAAAAAAACCACCAUGGUGGGGACAAUCAGAAGGAACAAGACUGAGCUUCCUCCUGCACUAGUGACCAACAUGAACAGGGAUCUUUUUUCCACCAAGUUCGCCUUCACCGACACACAUGCACUUGUGUCAUACUGCCCGAAGAAAAGGAAAAAUGUCCUACUGAUGUCAACUCUGCUCAAAGAUGCCCGUGUGAGUACCAGGGAGGACAGGAAACCAGAAGCCAUCCUGUACUACAACGAAAACAAAGGGGGAGUUGAUAACCUUGAUAAGGUUACUGGCACAUACUCCUGCAAGAGAAAAACACUACGAUGGCCCAUGGUGUUGUUUUUUAACAUCCUCGAUGUCUCAGCCUACAAUGCGUUUGUAGCAUGGAUGGAGGUGAAUCCAGGGUGGAAAGAGGGGAAAACCUUCAGUAGGAGGCUGUUCCUAGAAGAGCUGGGGAAAUCCAUGGUGACCCCCCUGAUACAGAGGCGGAUAGGUGCAUAAGCUCGGAUAAAUGACUCCUACAAUUAAAUAGUUUGAAAAUUAAAUGCAAAACCAGUCCUAAUUGAAAGAGAACAAGUUGACAAAAAGAUUGAAUCCAAGAUUGGGUGAAAUAUGGUAUAAUGAGUGAUUUAUAAGCUAUUUUUUAUAGGCCGGUCAUUUUUGACCGGGAACACCACAAGUGUGACUAUGUGCCAUAUUUUUUACAAAACAAAAGUUUCAAAACAAAAUUCCUGGUGAAACAUUAGAGUAGACUAGUGUGAUCAACAGUAGCCAUUUUUUUCAUAUUUUUAUUUUCAUAUUUCCAAAUUUACUCAUAAAUUAUUUGUUUUUUACUCAAAAAAUGAGAUGCCUACUCUCAGAUAAAUGAGGCCCAUGAUUAAUCAGAUGCAAACAGAAAUAUAAAACCAGUCCUAAUUGAAAGAGAACAAGUUGACAAAAAGAUUGAAUCCAAGAUUGGGUGAAAAUAUGGUAUAAUGAGUGAUUUAUAAGCUAUUUUUUAUAGGCCGGUCAUUUUUGACCGGGAACACCACAAGUGUGACUAUGUGCCAUAUUUUUUACAAAACAAAAGUUUCAAAACAAAAUUCCUGGUGAAACAUUAGAGUAGACUAGUGUGAUCAACAGUAGCCAUUUUUUUCAUAUUUUUUUUUCAUAUUUCCAAAUUUACUCAUAAAUUAUUUGUUUUUUACUCAAAAAAUGAGAUGCCUACUCUCAGAUAAAUGAGGCCCAUGAUUAAUCAGGUGCAAACAGAAAUAUAAAACCAGUCCUAAUUGAAAGAGAACAAGUUGACAAAAAGAUUGAAUCCAAGAUUGGGUGAAAAUAUGGUAUAAUGAGUGAUUUAUAAGCUAUUUUUUAUAGGCCGGUCAUUUUUGACCGGGAACACCACAAGUGUGACUGUGCCAUAUUUUUUACAAAACAAAAGUUUCAAAACAAAAUUCCUGGUGAAACAUUAGAGUAGACUAGUGUGAUCAAAAAUACCAAUUUUCUUCAGAUUUUAUUUAAUAUUUCCAAAAUUAUUCAAAAAUUUAAAAAAAAUUACUCAAAAAAUGAAAUGCCUACUCUCAAAUAAAUGAGGCCUAUGAUUAUUCAGAUGCAAAUCAAAAUAUAAAACCAGUCCUAAUUGAAAGAGAACAUGUUGACAAAAAGAUUGAAUCCAAGAUUGGGUGAAAAUAUGGUAUAAUGAGUGAUUUAUAAGCUUUUUUUUUAUGGGCCGGUCAUUUUUGUUUUUUGACCGGGAACACCACAGGUGUAAUAGGGUUUUAAACACCACAUGAGGGUUAAGUCCAUCUCUCUAUAGCACCGCUUUGAUGAACUAAUAACAUGUAAUAUAUUUUCAUAUCUGUCAUAUUUCAAAUUCAUCUCAGAUCCCAAAACUCAGGGUGUUGUCUACAACAAAAGUUAUGACUGCUGCAUAUUUACAUCGGCUACUGAUUUGCACUUUUUAAUUCAAUGUGUGCCUAUACAUUCGCUGCCCAGUGCGCUGAGCAGCUUCGCUAGAUUUUUAUAGUUGGUCACUUCAAUAAAACAGGCAUUGUGCCAACGUUGUAGAAUGGGGGUAAUUGUGUGCAGCUGCAAAGUAAAUUAAUAUUUCAUGAGAAAGAGAUAAAAUAUAGAAUAAACGCGUUAAGAAUCUGUACGGCUGUAGAGCGAGGGACUUUUAUUUUGUUGAGCUGAACCAAUGACGACGCGGUUUGACAUCUGGUUGACCAAUCAGCGGAAAGAGGCGUUUCAUUCCCGCCCACAUGUAGAGAUCGAAUUUUCAAACUGCUUAUUUGUUUCCAACCCCAGAAUGAAAAAAGAAAAAUCAAGCCAGUUUUUUGUUUUUUCGUUUUCAUUUUGAAAAUGAAAAACGAAAAAAAGUGUGGUUUUCUCAUUUUUCUGAUUUCAAUAUCAAAUCAAAACAUGAAUGAAUGGAAGAUACCCUGAUUAGGGAGUCAUGGUGUGAGCUCUGAGCUGCAACUAACAAUGAGCAAGACGGAUCUUUCAGGGUAAGAGAUGGACUUAAAAUGAACUUCCAAAACUUACUGCCAAGAGGAAGUGAUGCUUGUCCCUCAAGAGUCACUCUCAACCUAUAUCUGUCUACAAAGCCUUUAAAAAAAAUCAGUGUUCAUGUAUUUCAUAACACUUCAGCUUGUGAUUCUUAUUCAUUGGGGUCAUUUAUCAGGAUUCUUUAGCAAAGUCUUUGAGAACCUGACACCUUGUCUUCUGGGCCCUUUUUCCACCUGGUAAUAAGAUGCAUUUUGGUCGAUCGUAUCACAAGUGGAUGACGCAAAAAUACAGGUGUAAAUAGGAUGUAAAACAUUUUCAGCUUGUCCACUUUUGACCACUUCCAGAGGUAGUAGAAAACGUAUUCGAAGGAAUUGCUUUCGUAGUAGAAACGCUGAUGUGGUCGAAUGCAUUCGAACAGCCACUAAAGACCGCCUACUCUCUGCCUACUGGCCUAAUGCAUAAACAUUAUGGGAAGCACGCUAGCCAGACAGGAUUUAAACUUUGUCGGCUAAAGACCCAAGUUGGGUUUGAAGGCUAAAAACAUACCAAGCACAAUGUUCUCUCACCAUUCCUGAUUUCUAACAAGCACUCAAUGCGUUCAGAUGGUCUUGCAGCUGUCAGAGCAGAAACGAAAGCUAUGCUCUCUGUAUGUUUUCCAUUGUCUCUGGUAGCGUUCAUAUAUAAAUAUUAUUUUGUUCAUUAGAUCAAAAGAUCUUAAAGAACCCAUACAUUUACCCACCCAUAGACCCUCCCCUCAAAGAAAUCGGUUGAACGUGGACAAAAGAGAUGGAUUAAAAUAAAAGUGUACACGGGUAUGUGUCUCCCUCAUCCACUUGUGAUCCGAUCAUCCAAAACGCAUCUUAAUACCAGGUGGAAACGGGGCCCUGGAGACUCCAUGUAGGCUGCAGUUAUGGGAAAUAUUGGCACUGAAGACUAUAGGGUUCCUAAUGGUUUCACACCUAAUUCUUCACCUUAAUUCUUAAAGUCUUUUGCUGUUAAUAUCUUUUCCUCUCAAUUGCCCCAAUGAGCAUUUCUUGUCCAAUGGUCACACCUUAAUUGUGCAAUUUCUAUAGUAUUGCAUCCUUCACAUGGGCAUUGUUUUACUUUUUAGUGUCUCUUUUUGGCCCAUUUUACAUGUAAAAGAAAACCUACUGUCACGGUAAAUCACAGAGACGAACAGACAGAUCCAAGUGCAGGAUAUUUAAUGGGUAAUCCAAAGUCGUAUCUCCAAAAACAGGCAGGGGUCAACAUCCACAAAACAGUCAAACAAGUGUUACGUCAUGAAUGUAUUUAUUUUAUGUGUAUUGUUACGUCAUAGACGUAUUACUCUGUUGUGUUUUGUAUACAUUUAUUGUAAUGUAUUAUGUGUAGUGCACGCUCUCUCUCUCGCUCUCUCUCCCUCUCUCUCUCUGGCAGCACCGCUUGAUUGAGAGACCAGCUGCGGCAAGUUACGUGGAAGAGCGGGAGCGCUUAAAUGCAGGAAACGAGGACUGUGUUGUUGAGCUGUGUCGAGCGCAUCGUGAGCUCCACGCGUGUCCUGUCCCCUGUCUCCUGCCCCAGACUGUUAAUAAUUGUUAUGGUGUGACCGAUGCUAUUGUUGUCUAUGUGUGAGAAUUGUUUUCUCCCAGUUGUGUGAUGGAGACUUUAAACAACGCCCAGUAAGAACUGCUCUAUCUCAUACUCUUGUUAAAUAACGCUUGUUUCUGUUACCCCUUUAUAUUGUAUGCGAAGCUGUAGGUGGGGGGAGCGCCACUUUUACUUUGUGCAAUUUGUUUUCUCCUGUUUAUGGUUUAGUUGGGGAGUUAGGGAAGUUUGUUGUACUUUUGUUUAUAUUUCAUUCGUAAGGUAAGUCAGCUUCUCCAAACCCUUAGGUAGAUUCCCUUUUGUUUGUUGUUUUGGCCUUUGUCCCCCUUCCGAGAAAAUGCUUCUGUUCAUUUUUGACUUGUGAGAAGAGAAUAAAGAAAAGUUUUCGUUUCAAAA